UGAUUUUAUUAGGGCAAACUGACCCACCCACAUUACCCAGGAGGCACCGCGAAAGACGCUGGUAUCGUAUUUCCCAGAGUUCCCUGCAUCUUUCGCAAGCGUUGAAGACGUCGAAACCAAGAUGGCGACCGGAACAGGCAAGCACAAGCUGCUGAGUACUGGCCCAACAGAGCCAUGGUCCAUCCGAGAGAAGUUGUGUUUAGCAUCUUCUGUUAUGAGGAGUGGAGAUCAGAACUGGGUAUCAGUUAGCAGAGCAAUCAAGCCUUUUGCUGAACCUGGCCGGCCUCCAGACUGGUUUUCUCAAAAACAUUGUGCUUCUCAGUAUUCAGAGCUCUUAGAGACUACUGAGACUCCAAAACGAAAACGUGGUGAGAAAGGAGAAGUGGUAGAAACUGUUGAAGAUGUUAUUGUUCGGAAACUGACUGCUGAGAGAGUUGAGGAACUGAAGAAAGUGAUCAAGGAAACACAGGAGAGAUACAGGCGGCUAAAAAGAGAUGCUGAACUAAUUCAAGCCGGACACAUGGACAGCAGACUGGAUGAGCUUUGCAAUGACAUUGCAAUUUCUUUCUUCAGGAAGAAGAAAUUGGAGGAGGAAGAGGCUGAAGUAAAAAGGAAGGCUACAGAUGCUGCAUACCAGGCUCGGCAAGCAGUAAAAACACCUCCUCGAAGGCUACCAACUGUGAUGGUCCGCUCACCUAUAGAUUCUGCCUCCCCACAAGGUGAUUAUCCACUUGGAGACUUGACUCCAAACACUAUGGAGGAGGCUACCUCUGCGGUAACCCCUGGGACUUUGCCGAGUACCCCAGUCACCUCGUUUCCUGGGAUUCCUGACACCCUUCCUCCAGGCUCUGCACCCUUAGAAGCCCCCAUGACCCCAGUAACAGAUGAUUCACCCCAGAAAAAGAUGCUUGGACAGAAAGCAACUCCACCCCCCUCCCCUCUGCUGUCAGAGCUCUUGAAGAAGGGCAGCCUCCUGCCUACUAGCCCCAGACUGGUCAAUGAGAGUGAGAUGUCUGUGGCUUCCGGCCAUCUGAACAGCACAGGUGUUCUCCUGGAGGUAGGCGGGGUUCUUCCCAUGAUACAUGGUGGGGAGAUACAGCCAACAACCAGUGCCGUCGCAGCCUCCCCUGCUGCCUCAGGUGCUCCCACUCUUUCCCGGCUUUUAGAAGCUGGUCCUACACAGUUCACCACUCCUCUUCCUUCCUUCACUACUGUUGCCAGUGAGCCUCCAGUUAAACUUGUGCCACCCCCUGUAGAGUCUGUGUCCCAGGCUACCAUUGUCAUGAUGCCUGCGCUGCCAACACCAUCCUCUGCUCCAGCUGGCUCCACUCCUGAAAGUGUAGCUCCAGUGACUCAGCCUGACCCUUGUGUUCCUCUGGAAGCUGUGGGGGAUCCGCAUACUGUGACUGUUUCCAUGGAUAGCAGUGAAAUCUCCAUGAUCAUUAAUUCUAUCAAAGAAGAGUGUUUCCGGUCAGGGGUAGCAGAGGCUCCUGGUGGAUCAAAGGCUCCAAGCAUAGAUGGAAAGGAAGAUUUAGAUCUGGCUGAGAAGAUGGAUAUUGCUGUGUCUUACACAGGUGAAGAGUUGGACUUUGAAACAGUUGGAGACAUUAUUGCCAUCAUUGAAGACAAGGUCGAUGAUCACCCUGAAGUGCUGGAUGUGGCGGCUGUAGAAGCAGCACUGUCAUUCUGUGAAGAAAAUGAUGAUCCACAGUCCCUGCCUGGCCCUUGGGAGCACCCUAUCCAGCAGGAGCGGGAAAAGCCAGCACCUCUUCCGGCGCCAGAAAUGACAGUCAAACAAGAGAGGCUAGACUUUGAGGAAACAGAAAACAAAGGAAUCCAUGAACUGGUUGACAUCAGGGAAUCAGGUGUUGAGAUUAAGAUGGAACCUGCAGAGCCAGAGCCAGGCAUGUCAGGGGCUGAAAUAGUAGCUGGAGUUGGUCCAGUCUCAAGUAUGGCACCACCAGAACUCAGGAGUCAAGACUUAGAUGAAGAACCUAGAAGUUCUACAGCUGGAGAGAUUGGUGAAGCAGAUGGUUCCAGUGGGAAAGACGAUGAGAUGCCACUUUCAGCUGUGAAGACAGAGGCAUCUCCUGAAAGCUUGUUGUCUCCAUCACAUGGCUCACAUCCAAUUGAAGAUCCUUUAGAGGAUCCGCACAAGUUUGAAAUAUCAGACUCAUUGAAAGAAGAAUCAGGGACUAUUUUUGGAAGCCAGAUAAAGGAUGCUCCAGGUGAUGAGGAGGAAGAAGAUGGAGUCAGUGAAGUAGCUAGCCUAGAGGAACCUAAGGAAGAGGAUCAAGGAGAAGGCUAUUUGUCUGAGAUGGAUAAUGAACCCCCUGUGAGCGAAAGUGAUGAUGGCUUUAGUAUACAUAAUGCCACACUGCAGUCACACACACUGGCAGACUCUAUCCCAAGCAGCCCUGCCUCUUCACAGUUCUCCGUGUGCAGUGAAGACCAAGAAGCAAUUCAGGCUCAGAAAAUAUGGAAGAAAGCCAUUAUGCUUGUGUGGAGGGCUGCAGCAAAUCAUAGAUAUGCCAAUGUGUUUCUGCAACCUGUCACAGAUGACAUAGCCCCUGGCUACCAUAGCAUUGUGCAGAGACCUAUGGAUUUGUCAACCAUUAAGAAAAACAUUGAAAAUGGACUGAUCCGCAGCACAGCCGAGUUUCAGCGUGACAUCAUGCUGAUGUUUCAGAAUGCUGUUAUGUAUAAUAGCUCAGACCAUGAUGUAUAUCACAUGGCAGUAGAGAUGCAGAGGGAUGUCCUGGAACAGAUCCAGCAAUUCUUGGCCACACAGUUGAUUAUGCAAACAUCUGAAUCUGGAAUCAGUGCUAAGAGUCUUCGAGGGAGAGAUUCUACCCGAAAACAAGAUGCUUCAGAGAAGGACAGUGUCCCCAUGGGCUCUCCUGCCUUCCUUCUCUCUCUCUUUACAGCAAAGUUUUGCAUACGAGGAAGGAGCUGGGCUGCAGGGAGAGAGCAGCAGAUGGAAAGAAGCCUGAUUGUCCUGAUCUCAUGGAAAACAACGGUCAGGAGGUGCUAGGGAACUAGUGCCAGGGUCAGUCUGCAGGAAAGGCCUUUCUAAUAGGGACCAGCAACUGGACAGGUAUGUUAGCCAAGAACCUCACUCUCCACUGCCCUUUCUGCCUCUCCUACUUUGCAUUUUCACUUCCUAUUCUUACACACAAUGUGGGCCUGGGUGGGAUGACUGGUAGUCAUUCUGUGGGACCCCAGGUGAAUACGAAGGCCUUUGUGUGCGUGCAGAAGAUACUGUCUUACAGUUCACUCACAGAAUGCCAGUGUUCUGUUAGCUGCUCUGAAGAACAGAAAACCCUUUCCACUACAUCCCUUUGGUACUCUCUGCAGAUCCUUUCCCCCAAGAAAUCAAAUUCCCAGCAUUCCUCUUGUAUGUUGUCUCUUACCGUGUAAUCAGCUCACUCAUGUUUCCUUCCUUUCUUUGAUA